GCGUGUCUGUGGAAAUAGAAAGAGCUGGAUGUAAUGUGACACUGGAGCUGAGAGAUCAUGAGAGAACACCGCACACUUCAGCAGCACCGCGGAUAAUAGACGAUCACCUCCGGCGGGAUUUAACCGGGUGUGAGUGUUGGAUGGCCGAGCGAUAGGCUCAGAGACGGUCUGGCAGGAUGAACUCUUUCCCGUCCAUGGACAGACACAUCCAGCAAACCAACGACCGGCUCCACUGCAUCAAACAGCACCUGCAAAAUCCAGCAAACUUCCAGACGGCGGCGACCGAGCUGUUGGACUGGUGCGGAGACCCACGAGCGUUUCAGCGGCCCUUUGAGCAAAGCCUGAUGGGAUGCCUAACGGUGUUGAGUCGUGUCGCCGGUCAGCAGGGUUUCGACAUGGAUCUGGGCUAUCGGCUGCUGGCCGUUUGUGCUGCACACAGGGACAAAUUCACCCCCAAAUCAGCAGCGUUGCUGUCCUCGUGGUGUGAGGAUCUGGGUCGACUUCUGCUGCUGCGUCAUCAGAAAAGCAAGAACCCGAUGCAGGACAACAUUGACAACAUGAAACCGGCUCUGUCACAUGGUGACGCAUCAUGUCAAUAUGACUCCGUCUCCUGGCAACAAAACACCAAUCAGCCUUCGGGCUCUGUUUCCGUGGUGACCACCGUAUGGGGGGUGACCAAUACAUCACAGAGUCAGGUGUUGGGGAACCCCAUGGUGAACCCAAAUAUCCACAUGAACCCUGUGACGGGAGGUAAUGGAGGUCUGAACCCGGGACAGUUUAAUGGACAGCAGCAGUUUUCCUCCAAGGCCAAUCCAAACCAGGCCUUCAUGCAGCCGGGGAUGUACGAGAGAUCCAGUUACCCUGGAGGAGGAUUCGGGAACAGUUACGGGGGCCGUCCUAACCACACAGGUGGGAUGGGCCUCCCAGCACAGACACGCCCCCCUUCUGACUUCAGCCAACCAGCUGCUGCCGCCGCCGCCGCUGCUGUUGCUGCUGCUGCUGCUACGGCGACCGCUACGGCCACGGCAACGGUCGCCGCACUACAGGAGACGCAUCACAAGGACAUGAACCAAUGCGGCGCGAUGUGUUCCUCCUUUCAAAUGGGACCAAACCAUGCUUACAGCACUUCUUUUGUGAAUCAGCCCGGUCCCCGGGGGCCCCCUGCUCACCCUGGGGCCAUUAACAUGGGGCAGCCUCGGGGUCAGACGGGGUCAUACGGGGGUCAGAGGACAGAGCAGGGGGUGAAGAGACCGUAUCCUGGAGAGGGGAGCUACGGGCCGCAGUAUGGACCAAACGGGCAGUUUUCCUCUCAGCAGGGUCAGUAUCUGAACCCUGUCCCCACCAGAGGCGUCUCGUCUCCGCAUUACAGCGCUCAGAGGACGCCAGCACAGAGCCAGACCGGCUACAAGGAACCCAGCAGUAACUUCAGCACGGGAAACUUUCAUUACACUGGGCCUCCACGGCCGAUGGGCAGUUACCCUCACUCUCCAUUAGCGGGUGACCCCACGCCCCCCGUGACCCCAGGAAGUAAUAUUCCACAGUAUCUGUCGCCAAACCAGGACAUGAAGCCCCCGUUUCCUCCUGAUAUCAAACCCAACAUUAAUGCAUUGCCGUCUGCUCCAGUAAAUCCUAACGAGGAGCUCCGGCUGACGUUCCCGGUUCGGGACGGUGUGGUUCUGGAGCCGUUCAGACUGGAGCACAACCUGGCCGUCAGUAAUCACACCUUCCACCUACGGCCCACCGUCCACCAGACGCUCACGUGGAGGUCUGAUCUGGAGCUUCAGUUCAAGUGUUAUCAUCAUGAAGACAGACAGACGUACACAAACUGGCCGGCGUCUGUGCAGGUCAGCGUCAACGCCACACCGCUCACCAUCGAGCGCGGCGACAACAAGACUUCCCACAAACCCCUGCACCUGAAGCACGUGUGUCAGCCGGGCCGAAACACCAUCCAGAUCACAGCGACGGCCUGCUGCUGUUCGCACCUGUUCGUCCUGCAGCUGGUUCACCGGCCGUCGGUUCGAUCCGUGCUGCAGGGUUUACUGAAGAAGAGACUCCUCACCGCAGAACACUGCGUCGCUAAAGUGAAGAGGAGCUUCAGCAGCGUGGCUGUGUCUGUCGGUGAUGAUGGCGUGGAGCAGACGGCCAUCAGAAUCUCUCUAAAGUGUCCGAUCACGUUCAGACGCAUUCAGCUGCCGGCGAGAGGCCAUGACUGCAAACAUGUGCAGUGCUUUGACCUGGAGUCCUAUCUAGAGCUGAACUGUGAGCGGGGCACAUGGAGAUGUCCGGUGUGCAAUAAACCGGCUCUGUUAGAAGGUCUGGAGGUGGAUCAGUACACGUGGGGGGUCUUGAACGCUCUUCAGAACACAGAGUUUGAGGAGGUCAUGAUAGACCCCUCGUGCAACUGGAGGCCAGUGCAGAUCAAAUCUGAGCCACACAUAAAGGAAGAUCCGGACGGGUUGAUGUCCAAGCGCUUCAAAACCAUGAGUCCCAGUCAGAUGGUGCUGCCAAAUGUGAUGGACAUGAUCACUCAGCUCGGCCCGGGAGUAUCUCCAUACCCCAGCAACAGCAGCACGAUCCAGUACAUCAGCCCAGGCAACCGUUUCCAGGGCCACAGUAAGUUUGGUGACUAUCCCCAUGGCAACGCAGCAUCAUCAUCAACAGUGAGUGAGUUCGUUCAGAGGCCACACCUGUCUUACCCCCCCGCUGACCUCUUGACCUCUGAGAGCCAGAUACGCACGCUGCAGGACGCCACGCCUCACCCCUUCAACACAGAUCAAUCCCAUAAUCCUCUGCAGCACAGUAUGCAGCCCCAUGCCUGUAGGCCGCCGCCCACCCAGCACAGCUCCGCCCCCGGCGGUCACAUGCACCCAGAGAUGACCUUUAACCCCUCGUGUGGAGGUCAGAGCAGACCAGACAUGCGCGAGGCCUCCUUACAACUGCUUCCAGAUCUGACGAAUACAGACGAUCUUCUGUCAUACCUGGAUCCUGCAGAGCUUCCCAGCAGCAGCAACGAUGACCUGCUGUCUCUCUUUGAGAAUAACUGAGACAUCAGACCCUCGACUAGCUGCUGCUUCAUACUUGACAAACACAAAUGCACUUACCGUCACUUCCUCUUCCUGUACAGACUACAGAUUUCAAAACCAGCGUUGACAGACGGACGGAUGCCGACAGUAACCUUAUCACUGCAUGCAGUACCUUAUUUUUAUCUCAGAACGACUGAAAGCAUUUUGAUUGUCGCUUAAUUUCAGCAAAUUAAUGCGAGAAAUCUGCAAUGAACGCAGUCUUUUUUACCACGUGAGAGUCUAGUCAAUAUGUGUGCUAGCGUUUUUCUACUCGCUUAGAUUUUGAUAAUAAAAAGAAAAACAUCCGUCCGCUGUCAUACUGUGUUCAUGUUACUCCUCCACGUCAAAUAAGCUGUUUUUGUUCAUCGUUUUAAUGUUCAGAAGCGUUUCAGAGGCAAUUCUCAAACGUUCAAUCGAAGCACAGCUCUUAUUCAAAACAAAUCACGUUUUUUGGAAACGUAAAGGGAAAAAAUAGAAAUCAAGCUCCCACCGUGCAAUUAUCUAUCUAGUUCACUUCUGUUCAUAAUGCAGUUGUGUUAUUUUUGAGAAGCUCGUGUAAAUAUUUGUGAAUACAUUUGUUUUGAUAGGUCAUCCAUGUUUCUUCUGUU